CCGCGCUGUGACAGUCCCUUCCCCCAGUCUGCCCAGCGCCUCUCCGCCGACUGGUCGUGUGUCUGAGCCACGUCGAGCCUUGCCGCCUUGCCGCCUUGCGCCGCCUUGCGCCCUGUCGCGACAUGCUCGCCCGUAGUGACAAGUGCUGUGUGUGAAUCCUCAAGUGAAGCCCCAGUCGGAAGCCACUCCCUCAUUUGUGCGUGCCGUGGAUGGCGCCGCUACGCGUGCUCCCAGUGUGGCGACUCUGGUGACAGAUGCAGUGAUAGGCCCCUGUGUGACAGCCGCCGCCAAAAUCGUCGGUCUCAUGGAAAGCUACAAGACCAUGGAAACAAUGGAAGAAGCACUAGACAAGCUGGGGUGCCGGCAGAACUUCGGCCAAGGCCCCGUGGAGCCCGUGGAGCCCGUGCAGCCGCACGCCCUGCUGGACAUCGCCUCCCUCGCCCUGUACGGCUGCCACGCGCUGCCCGUGCGCCUCAAGAUCCUCCUGGACCGCCUCUUCAGCGUGCUGCGGCCCGACCAGGUCGUGCAGGUGCUGCGCGGCUUCGGCUGGACGCAGGACGACUACGCCCGCGGAUACAUCCUCAAUGAAGCCAACGGCGCGUCGCUGGACCGCUUCAACAUCUGCAGCCCCGAGGAGGAGCCUCUGGUGCUGCAACAGUUCCUGCGCUUCGGCGAGACCCGGGCGUUGACUGAGCAGCUGCUGCGCGGUGCCGCCGCCCCCGGCGCUGCUGGAGCCGCCUCCGCGGGCCCCAGCCCGGCGUCGUCGGCGUCCUCACAGUCCAGCAAGCCCGGCCAGGAGGCCUCGCACGCGCACGAGAGGCUACAGCCCGCCCGCGAGGAGCCCGUCAAGACCACGCCGGUGCACUCGCCGCACCAGCGUGACGGCCCCGCCGCCACCACCGCCCCCGCGCCGUCGAGGCACACGCCGCCGCCGACCAGCCCCGGACACCGCGACAACAGGGACGACGACAAGAGGAUGCCCCACGCGCUCAACUUCAGCCUGGGCAGCUCCGCGUCGUCACGGCAAGGCCCGCCGUCCACCGGCGUGGCGCCAGUGUCGCCGCAGCAGAAGCACGCGCCGUCGGGGCCCUCGUCCGUCGGCAGGCAGUCGCCGCCGUCGGGCCAGCCCACGCCCCACAGCGCGCUCAGCUUCCUGAACCGCGGCGCGCAGCCGCAGCCCCAGUCGCCGCCCGGCAGCUCUCCGCUCAACCGCCUGCAGAACAUGCAGCCCUUCGACUUCCGCAAGAUGGCGGCCAGCGCCGUGCGCUCCAGCCCCGAGCCCCCCGCAGGCCCCGGCGGCGUCCCCGGCCUCCUCAACCUCAGGCCACCCCCGCCGCCGACCGUGCCGACCUCCACCAUGAGCUCCCUGCCGCUGCCCUUCGGCCACUCCAGCCUGACCGCCGCCAACCUGGUGGCGUCCUCCUUCCCCGGGCUCAUCUCGUCCGCCAUGGCGGGCCACCCCGGGCACCCCUCGCUGCCGCCCCACCCGGGCAGCAAGUCGCCCAGCACGGACCUCACCUCGCGGGCAGGCAGCUCGGACUUCGGCUCGGGCUCCGACGACGACGAUGACAACUCUGCGCUCAACCUGAGCAGGGACAGGGACGCGAGGGACGACAAGAUGCGGGCCAAGCGGUCCGGCUCGCCGCCCCAGCAGCGCUCGUCCAAGCACCCGUCCUCGUCCUUCUCGCCGCUCAAGCGGCAGUCCGCCUGGCCGUCCUCGCACCUCCCCGCCAACCUGGGCACGCAGCUCAUCAACCCCACGACGGGCAAGAAGCGCGUGCAGUGCAACGUGUGCCUCAAGACGUUCUGCGACAAGGGCGCGCUCAAGAUCCACUUCUCGGCCGUGCACCUGCGCGAGAUGCACCGCUGCACCGUAGAGGGCUGCUCCAUGAUGUUCUCGUCGAGACGGUCGCGGAACCGCCACUCCGCCAACCCCAACCCCAAGCUGCACUCGCCGCACCUGCGCCGCAAGAUCUCUCCGCACGACGGCAGGUCCGCACAGUCGCACCCCAUCCUGCUGCCGCCUCACCAGGCGGGGCUCGGCGUGGGGCUCAACCCGCUGUCCUUCGGCGCCUUCCCUCUGCUGCCCCAGGACCCCAGGGACCCGCGCGACCCCCGGAACGCCGCUAUGGCAGCUGCUGCCGCCGCGGCCGGUGGCCCCUCGGCCCUCGACCUCAACCUCAAGAACAGCCUGGGCCUGACCCUGCGCUACGAGCGGGAGGCGCGCGAGCGACACCGAGAGAUGACCUCCAUGAGCAUGGACGAGGAUGACGAUGACGACGAGGAGGGCAUCGUGGUGGUUGGUGGCGCCGACGACGACGAUGACGAGCCCCAAGACCUGCACCAGUCCAAGCGACUCAAGUUCUCCGUGUCUGACGACGGCGAUGACCACAGCAACACAGACGACGACUCCCAGUCUGCCCUCGACCUGGGGACCUCCGCCGCGUCGGCGUCCAACGGCGUGGACCACCACGGCCUGGGCCACCACUUCGCGGCCCACGAGCCCAGCGAGCAGGCCAGGGGUGGCAGAAAGCGCAAGUCGCAGAACCCGACCCGGUGCACGCAGCCCGUCGCCGCCGAAGACCUGUCCAACUACGACGACUCGUCCAGCGACGCCGGCAGCCACAUGUACCCCGGCAUGGACCAGGGCGCCCCCCAGGAGGCCGGGCUGGACCUGGCCGUCAGGCGGAAGAGCCCCGACCACAUGGACACGGAGGAGCGACUGGCGCGCGAGCAGGACUCGGUGCAGCCGCCGCACGAGGAGGGAAGCAGCCAGGACGACCAGGUUUUUCGGCUUACCAAAGAGAAAAAGGGGGACAGUAUAGAACCGCCAACUGAAAACCGUGUUCGAGAAAUGAAGAGCGCCGCCGGCGGCGUCGAGGAGGAGGUCAAGGACGAGGUCGAGGAGGAGAAGGACUCUGUGAUAAAAGCUGAGGCGGACCCAAACGGGGUGCCGUCCUCACCGUGCGCGGGAUCGCCGCCCUGCAGCCCGGCGGCAUCCCCGGCCUCGUCCCUGGAACUAGGGGAUGGGUCCCAUGAUGAGGACGGCUACUUCUACCCCGACGGCUACUUCGCCAACAUCGACGUGCCAAUGGACAAAGACAACCCGCGCAAGUGCACGGCCUGCGGCAAGGUGUUCCAGAACCACUUCGGCGUCAAGACGCACUACCAGAACGUGCACCUCAAGCUGAUGCACAAGUGUUCGGUGGACGGGUGCAACGCGGCCUUCCCGUCGAAGCGCAGCCGCGACCGGCACAGCGCCAACCUCAACCUGCACCGCAAGCUGCUGUCCACGUCGUCGUCGCCCACGCACGGCGACAAGCCCGGCCACCCCAUGUUCCUGCCGCACCCCGACGUGCUGGCCCGGCUGUACGCGGACCCCAGCCUGCAGGGCAUGCAGGGCGGCCGCCCGCUGGACCACCAGCCGCUGCUCAUGGGGCCCUUCGGCUACCCGGCCAUGGGCGCCAUGGGCUUCCACCCGCUCAACGGGCGCGCCGGGUCGGCGUCGCCCACCUCGCCGCGCAGCCUGGACGAGGAGCUCAUGGGGCGGCCGGCCAAACUGCACGACGCGCACGACCCCUUCCUGGGCGCCAGGAGUCGCAGCGACCCGGGCGGGCUGGCCGCGCUGGCCGCCAUGGAGCCCGGCCUGCCGCUCGGC